AUGUGUCUAAAGAUUGGUAUCGAUGAACAAAUUUCAGAGCAUCGAUCGGCAAAAAAACUUGACUUUAUAAAUUUAGAAGAAAAAAAAAAUGCACGAAACUCAUCGAUGAUGCUCAAAGUUCAUCGAUCACAAUCUCUGCUGCUUCCUAUUCUUGUAGAACUCUAA